UGGAACUUCUCUUCUUUCAUCUCAACGUACAAUCUACGGGAUGCUUAUUAUGUAGCUCCCUAAACGACAAUUUAACUUGAAUUUAAUUCGGUAAUUGAGAGUCCAAGUUUGAGUAUGCGUUACCUUGCCGUUAGAAAUGUAUUAUCUCGUCAUGCUCGAUCGCAUUCAAUAGAACGAGCUCUGCCUUCAAUAUGUGCGAAGCCCAAACACCCCUCACUAGGCCCGGUCCCCCUCACAUGGGCGUCUCCAAUGCAUUGUAUGUCUCAGGACAGCAAGUUUCUACGACUAAGAAGCUCGAAAUCUACAACCCACUCGGUAGGACGACGAGCGUUCAGUAUAGAAAGGAGAACUCUGGCGGAUGACAUUCCUCCAAGGCCGUCGAGAUCUCUGGCGGGGAAAGUCGCUAUCGUGACAGGAGCGGGUUGCGAAGGUGAUGGCCUUGGUAACGGUCGAGCAAUUUCGAUUCUGUUGGCCGAAGAUGGAGCCUCCGUCGUGUGUACGGAUGUACACCCCUCGUGGGCUGAACGCACCAGCGCCAUGAUAGAAGCGGAAGGCAAAGGGGAGAGUAUUAGCUGUCAGGGCGACGUUACGAAGCCUAUCGAUUGCCAAAACAUUGUGGAUGCAGCGCUGUCCAAGUUUGGGCGAAUUGACAUCCUGGUCAACAAUGUAGGCAUCAUGGGCGCCAGGGGUACUGCCACGGAAUUUGACUUGGAUCAGUGGCGUCGUGGGCUCGACGUAAAUGUCACAAGUAUGGCAAACAUGGUCAAGUUCGUCGUGCCCGAAAUGCGCAAGAAUACCGAGUCGCCAGAAGGGAUUCGAGGAAGCAUCGUUAAUAUCGGAUCGGUCGCGGGAUUAGUAGGGGGUACUCCCCAUUUGCUAUAUCCGACAAGCAAAGGUGCUGUUCUGAACAUGACGCGCGCCAUGGCAGCGCAUCACGGGUCGGAUGGUAUUCGUGUGAACUGUGUCUGCCCAGGUUAUCUCUAUACGCCCAUGAUAUAUGCAAAAGGAAUAAGCGCACAGACUCGAGAAGCGCGAAGAAACGGCACUCUCCUGCGAACAGAAGGUAAUGCGUGGGACUGUGCGACGGCUGUUAGGUUCCUGGCUAGCGAGCAAGCUCGUUGGAUCACUGGGAGUAUUAUCACGGUGGACGCUGGAACCACCGCCGUGUCCGCUAUCGAACAUGUGUGAAGACAUAUUAAAGGGGGUCGAAGAUGUUCGAUGGAUGACUUAAGACUUAUUUAUCGAUGUGGACUUCAUCUGUGAUUUGACCUUCAACUUAUAUGCUCAUUCUAUCGGCGGACUACAGUCUACAUAUGAAAGAGGUAGCUAUCUAAUUCGCAGUCGACCCUUGAUGAAGAAAUAGGGUUAUAGCCUCAUAGGCCAGGUAGGUCCAUACAGAUAUUUGAUAUCUGUUUCGUAAGACUCGUACAUGAUAGUCGUGAGGGUUGGGAAGAUCCUGCGGAUGCAGACCCGGCCGAUGAUGUUGUAGCACCAGUGGCAACAGGAGCAGAGUUACGAGAACUCCGGCCGCAGUUAGAGCAGCGUUGAAAUGUUAUCUUAUCACUCGGGACUAAGGGUCUAUUACGAAGGACUACUGCGUUUGCAUAUUCGGUAGGGUAAAUAAAUUGAAUACAGUC